CUGCCCAGGUGCCUCUGACUUGACUGCGUUCAGUGACCCCCGGGUAGGAAUCGACCGCUCCUUCUCCGCACUCCCCUCCAUCUCCGACCCUCGGAUGCACUACCCGGGAGCAUUCACCUACACGCCGACGCCCGUCAGUUCGGGGAUAGGAAUCGGUAUGUCUGCCAUGUCCACGGCCACGAGAUACCACACUUACCUCCCGCCUCCCUACCCCGGCUCGUCGCAGGCCCAAGGCAGCCCGUUCCAGACCAGCUCACCCUCCUACCACCUCUACUACGGAACCUCCGCCGGCUCCUAUCAGUUCUCCAUGAUCUCAGGGGGAGACCGGUCCCCCCCACGCAUCCACCCCCCCUGCACCAACGCCUCCACGGGAUCGACGCUCCUCAACCCCAACCUCCCCAACCAAAGCGAAGUGGUCGAGGCGGAAGGGAGCCACAGCAACUCCCCCACUAACAUGGCGACCACGGCCAGGCUAGAGGAAGCGGUGUGGCGACCAUACUGAAUACAUUUUAAGUAGUCGUGGGCCAGGACUAACGUGCUUUCCGUUUCCCAGGGCCCGUAGGUAACCCAUAAACACCCAACUUGCUUAUGGGCCCUGCCAUGUUCGUACAUCACUUUGAGAAGGAAACCCUCCAGAAGCCAGCGCUCCCAAGAGCGGUGGUGCGUGUUAGCCAGCCCCAGGCGAAGCGAUGUCGCUCCGGCAAAGCAUCCCUCGCCGGGGACUGAGCUUCUGGGAAGGAGGACGACUGAGUUGGUGGUCCGGAGGUAGCGAGGGUGGGUAGGACAGUACCCAGUCUGUUCCCAGGCCUGUGGCUUUCUAACGGGCCUGGGCUUGAAGGUCUCCACAGCCCUAAAGAGAGUUUCGGUUCACUUCUAUUUUUAAGACUUAAAACCUAAAAAAAUCUUAGUGAGUUUACUGCAUCUUAUGGACAUAUUAACUGUAAGGAAGUAUAGGAAGAUUCCCAGAGGGAAAC